CUCAAACAAGUGCAAAAAGGGGGCAGCGGGAGGGCGGGCCUGGCUCCUGCUUGCUCUCAGGAGAUGAAGGCAGGGCUCUGGCUGCUUUGAGACGCGCACACGUCGGGUUUAGACGUGCGCGGGUUGGGGAAUGUGGCGAGAAAAGAUGAAAGAAGCCGGCGGGCGGCGCCUGGUGCUGGGGAGGAGCGGGAUGGCGUUGAGCGGCGCGGGAGAAGAGAGCGGCGCCCUCUCCUCGGGAUAAGCCGCGGACAAUGGGACGCGCUCCCACAAUGGCACCGGCAAUUUCUUCCGCAGCACCAAUUCAAUGCUCAGCCGAGGAAUUUUGUUGCCAGGCUUUUUAAACGUUUCUUUUUUAUUUUAGCAGUGAUCGAUAAUCGACUUUUUUUUGUUGUUUUGCAUCUGAUUUAGUGCAAACACCAGAUGUAAAUGAUGUUUAAGUAUCACAUCCGCAUGGUUUUCAAUGACCUAAAAGUGCUGGUUUUGAUGAGAUCUUUUACGAUGCAAAGGAGCGAGCAGGAUUUAGAAACGGGCCAGAGGAGGGAAGGAGAAGAGGAAGGAGGAGGAGGAGGAGGAGGGCGGCUGGCCGGUUCGGGAUGCGGCUGGCCUCCGUUCCCCAAUUGCUCGUCCCAGGCCGACGAGGAUUGUUACGGGACGGAAGGUGCCGGAGCUGGAGGGGGACAGGAAGAGAAGGAGAGGAAUGCGCCCCUCCAGACGGGGAUGGACUCGGUGUCUCUCAGCAGCACCGAGAGCCCAUUGUGCAGGAUCUGUUUCCAGGGACCAGACCAGGGUGAUUUACUGAGCCCUUGUCGGUGUGACGGUUCCGUGCGCUGCACCCACCAGCCGUGCCUAAUCCGCUGGAUCAGCGAGCGAGGCUCAUGGAGCUGCGAGCUGUGUUACUUUAAAUACCAGGUCCUGGCAAUCAGCACCAAAAAUCCCCUGCAGUGGCAGGCAAUCUCCCUCACAGUGAUUGAAAAGGUGCAGAUAGCUGCCAUCAUCCUUGGCUCCCUCUUCCUAAUUGCUAGCAUCUCCUGGUUAAUUUGGUCCUCCCUCAGUCCGUCGGCUAAGUGGCAGAGACAGGACCUGCUCUUCCAGAUCUGUUACGGCAUGUAUGGCUUCAUGGACAUCGUCUGUAUAGGCCUCAUCAUUCAUGAGGGAUCAUCUGUGUACCGAAUCUUUAAGCGCUGGCAAGCUGUUAAUCAGCAAUGGAAGGUACUGAACUAUGAAAAAUCCAAGGACCUAGGGGAAGCCAUUAGUGGGACAAGCAAGACAGGGGGAAGAAAUUCACGGACGAACCAUUCAUCAAACAAUGACAGGAGUUCCACUCAGCGCACUGGAACCAUUUUGAAUCAUCACUGUGGAUAUACCAUCCUGCACAUUCUCAGCUAUCUGAGGCCUAACAACACUCAGAAUGGUAACAGCUCAAAUAGAGAGCUGGUCAUGCGAGUUACGACAGUCUGAAACGAGAUAUAAAGGAAAACUUACUGUUCACAAACUUUACAGACUCUCCACAAAAAAAACAAAUACCACCACCAGGGUUGUGAAAGGAUAUUAACUGAAGUCUCAGAAUGAAAUCAGUAAGCUUGGUGUGAUGGAACGGAAAAUAGGCCUGGACACAGGCCCCAGCCUCUACGCCUGGAAUUCGCCAUCUUUGUUUUCUAAACUUUUUUUUAAAAAAAAUCUCACUUGAAGGAAGCUCAGAAACCCAGACCCAGUAUUUUAUAAAGGAGAGAAAAAAAGAAACAAACUGAAUCAAUGAAUAAUGGAACGCAAAAGAGUUUGUAUAAAAACUGCCCCCCCAAAAAUGUGCAAUAACGAACAUCAGUUCCAAUAUGCUGUGGGAUCUCGGCAAUAAGUUAUCUCUGUAUUUCACCUUUUAAUUUAA